UAAAGUUAACAAAGUGAAGUGAUCUCUCUCUGACUCUUGUUCGACUGAAAAAAGCGGCCAUCUGGACUGUCUCCUUGCUACGAGGCGUUUCCUGCCAUCGCCGCCGACCGCAAAUCUCUUUCUCUGAACUUGCCGGCCUCCGGUUCUUUUCCGCAGACCUUUCUCUCUCUCGAUUGGGUUGUCUCAUUCUACACCAUUUUCCGUAAUCGUAUUCAGCAUCUCCACCUCAUGCUUUAUCCUCUGCUUUUCUUAGCAUUCAGUAUCGCAUUUAUCUUCCACACCCUCCACUCGAAGCUCGCUCAGAAAGGAAACCCGGAUAGGACCCGAAAAGUUUCGGUCAUUUGCGAAGAGCCUGAUGUGGGUACGAAUCCCGAGCAGGAGGGAAUAGGGGACGCGAGCGGGUCCGACCCGACUCGAGUGACACGCCCUUUACUUAUCGAGAUCGCGCCGGCCAUCUCGCCGAAAUGGGAGGAGUGUGGAGGCGGAGACGGUUAUGUGGUGGAGGAGAAAGAAUCGGUUUCAGUUUUGGGGAUGGAGGCGGUUAAAGAGAAGAGAAAGAAGAAGAAACGGGCUAAGAAGAAACGACCCGAUUCGAAUGGGGAGAAGGAGGCGCGAGAAGAGGUUGCCAGAGAGAAGCAGGAGUUGGUAUGCGUUUACCCUUUUACGACGUCGUCUAGCGCGACUCAGAGGAGAAUUAAGCAGCAAUAUGAUGAGCUUGUCAGUUGUCAUGCUUCCAAUGGUUUAAAAUUAGCUCAGGUUGAACGUUUUGUUAAUUGCUUGAUUGAGACAAGAAAUGAGCUAGAGCACAAGUCUGAGACCAUCCAAAGAAAAUUCACCAUAACAAAGGCCUUAAUAUUUCGGGCUGAUAGGUCUUCAUUAGAUCGCCUUAGACAACAGAUGUACAAGUUAGAAUUAGAGCAAAAGAGACUGGAAGAGGAUGCGUUUGUAUAUAAUUGGCUCCAACAGCAACUUAAACUCUCUCCAGCAUACAAAAAGGAAAGGUGUACUUUUGGGAUGAAAAACAAUGGGACUGAGAGAGUAUAAGUACUCCUGCUACUUGAGGUAGCAUUGAGGUAUGACUGCUGACCUUUGGGCUCUGUCUUUCUUGAAGAUGGUUGAGAUUGGUGCUUCCUUAGAAAGAAAAUCCAAGUCUCGUGAAAUAAAGAAUACUGAUGCCGAAGAAUUUACUGAGAUUUCAUUCGAAGAACUACUAGCACGAGAAAAGAAGGAUGUUUUUUGGCAGAGGUGUGGGAAACCUAAACCCCCUUGCUCUAAUUAACCGAUGGACAAUGAAGUUUUGUUUUGGUGAGGUGCUUCAUGGCAGCAGCUUGUACACCCGACACUCAGCAGCAAUUUUUGAGCAGCCUGCGACGGGCUUGCUGUCAUAGAUGAUAGAUCUAUAAGCAACUGAUAAUAGUGUGGUUACAUCUUUUAUAUAAUUUCUUGCUAGUUUAUUAUUACUAGUAGCUUCUUCCAACUAAAGCUAAUAUAUUCUCAUGCUCUAUUCUGGCCUUAAUAGUCUGCUCUUUUAUUUUGCCUUUAUGUGCUGAUUGAUGAUUUUGUGAUUUCUUGAAUUGCAUACACCAAUUUGGUUUGCUGCAAAUCAUGGAAUUGCAAAUAUUAACCUUUGAAUUAU